AUGCAAGCCCUCUUACGUUUCCGAUUGAGCUCGAGCUCGGCCCGGUCGACGCUUACCCAAGGACGAUGGAACUGCGGACCUCGCCCGAUCCCCAUACCGACCGUUUCCUCCCGAUAUGCGACAACCUCCGCGGCGCUCUCCAAGAAGCUCGAUCUAUUGGCCCUGGAUAAGAAAUGGCAGGAGAAAUGGCAAUCGGAUACCCUGAGGUUGUCCUCGAAGGCUGUCUCCGCCGCGGCGGCGGAGAAGGCCGCCAAGUUGACGGGUGAAAAACCCCGGUCCUACAUCCUGUCCAUGUUCCCUUACCCGUCGGGAACCUUACAUAUGGGCCACCUGCGGGUGUAUACGAUCUCCGAUGUCCUUGCGCGGUUCUACCGGAUGCGUGGGCAUGAGGUUAUCCAUCCCAUGGGCUGGGAUGCGUUUGGGUUGCCGGCCGAGAAUGCGGCGAUUGAACGGGGGAUAGACCCGGCGGAAUGGACGAAACACAAUAUCUCUAGGAUGAAGGAGCAAUUGCGGAGUAUCUCGACAUCUUUUGACUGGGAUCGGGAAUUGGCGACGUGCGACCCUGAAUUCUACGAACAUACCCAGCGGAUAUUCCUCAUGCUAUACGAGAAGGGCCUUGCCUACCAGGCUGAAGCGCUGGUUAACUAUGACCCGGUGGACAAGACGGUGCUGGCAAACGAGCAGGUCGACGCCAAUGGCUUCUCAUGGCGCUCGGGGGCAAAGGUUGAAAAGCUCAACUUGAAGCAGUGGUUUUUCCGUAUCACUGCCUUCAAGGAGAUGCUCCUGAAAGAUCUCGACUCCUUGGCGGGCGGCUGGCCGGAGCGGGUGCUUUCGAUGCAGCGCAAUUGGAUGGGGAAAUCGCAGGGUGCAAACAUCAAGUUCCCAGUGACUGUCAACGGCGAAACAGGCACCGGCAUCGACGUUGGCGUCUUCACCACGCGGCCAGAUACCCUCUACGGAGUCGAAUAUAUCGCUCUUUCUUUGGAUCAUCCUCUCGUCCUGAAGUCUGCCGAAACAGACCCGGACUUGCGCAAGUUCUUGGACAAUGCCGCCUCGCUGCCAGCUGACUCGAAAGCUGGCUACCGGCUGUCCGACCUUACUGUGUCGCAUCCCUUGCGUAUAAUCGACAAGGAAAGUCCUCUUGUUGCUCGUCAACUGCCGGUAUUUGCAGCGCCAUACGUUCUCAGUGACUACGGUGAAGGCGCAGUGAUGGGAGUCCCCGGCCAUGAUUCUAGAGACCUGGCGUUUUUCAGAGACAACGUCAAUCCCGAUUCCAUACCUAUCGUCGUCGAGCCUCGGAAGGACGAGGCAAACAGUGAGUCCGCCGGCGUCGUUUCCUCGGCCGACGCAAAGGCUUUCACACAGGAGGGUUAUCUGAACGCAAUGUGUUGGAAGUAUCAAGGUCUCCAUUCCAGCGAGGCCAAGAAGCAGAUUGUCGCCGACCUGAAACAGGUCGGACGUGGUGACUUCGUUGAACAGUGGAGAUUGAGAGAUUGGUUGAUCAGCCGACAGCGCUACUGGGGUGCUCCCAUUCCGAUCAUCCACUGCGGUGACUGUGGCCCUGUGCCUGUGCCGGCCGAUCAGCUCCCAGUCAAGUUGCCUAAAAUCGAGGGGGACUGGCUGAAGGGCAAAAAGGGCAACCCUCUUGAGUCGUCGCAUGAGUGGGUGAACACGAAGUGCCCUAGCUGCGGAGGCCCUGCCAAGCGCGACACGGACACUAUGGACACGUUUGUCGACUCUUCGUGGUACUUCCUCCGGUACUUGGACCCUGCGAACAAGGAGUUGCCGUUUUCACCCUCGUCGGCGCGGCCGGUCGAUGUCUACAUUGGCGGCGUGGAACACGCCAUCCUGCACCUGCUUUACGCCCGAUUCAUCUACAAAGCCCUCUCCCAGACCGAACUAUUCCCAGAGAUAGCUCGGAACGGCAACCUCGCGACGCCAUUUGAACCGUUCAAGACCCUCCUCUCGCAGGGUAUGGUGCAUGGCAGGACGUACUCGGACCCGUCCACGGGUCGAUUCUUGCUUCCAUCGGAAAUGGAUCUUUCCACCCCAGACAAGCCGCUGAUCAAAGGCACCCAGGUAACACCGGCCGUGUCCUUUGAGAAGAUGUCAAAAAGCAAGCACAAUGGUGUCGACCCGACGGGAUGUGCGCUGAAAUACGGUGCUGAUACCACUCGCGCCCAUGUCCUCUUCUCCGCGCCCGUCAGCGAGGUUCUCGACUGGGAUGAGACGAAAAUCGUUGGCAUCGAGCGCUGGUUCAGCCGACUCUGGAAGCUUGUGGCCGAUGCGCAGCACACUCUGGCUACGUCUCCGAUGGCCUUGGACCGAGCCGCCCUACAAGCAUCCUCCGGACACGCGACCGGCCUUCCCAGCUCUUUGCAGGAGUUGAGCGACAGUGAUGCCGAUGCGGUUCUUGCGACACACCGAACCAUCUGCUAUGUCACCAAGUGUAUCGAAAAGAACCCUUACGGGUUGAAUACCGUUAUUUCCGACCUGACCAAAUUGACGAACUCGCUGUUGGCAUCGACGCCCACCUCGCCGCAGGUUCUUUAUCUAUCCAUCUCAUCUCUUCUCCGUCUUCUGGCCCCGAUUGCGCCGGCGCUGGCGUCCGAAUGCUGGGAAAUACUCAACAGUUCCGUGACCGCCGGGAACGCGACCGAGACCGAAGCGGGGGCGGACACCAGCACCAGCCCACCGGCCUUACUUGACAGCCCCUGGCCAACCCCUCUUCUGACCCUGGAGGAGGCCGAUAUCCUAUCUGCGCGUGGUGGACAAAUUGUGGCGGUCCAGGUCAAUGGAAAAUUGCGGUUUACAGUCACCAUUCCCCGGCGUCUUUCCCCCACGACGACGACUGAAGGAAGCGGCACUGUCACGGAAGAACAAGAUUGGAUUAUCAGUCGCGUGCUGGAGACCGACGAAGGACGCGUCUGGCUGCGGGAGAAGAACGACUGGGAGAAACGGAGACGGGUGAUUGUCGUCAAGGGCGGCAAGUUGAUCAACGUCGUUUUCUAA